AUGGACGGCUACCUCCUCGGCCUCGUGGCCCUCACCUUCAGCCCCCUCCUAACCCUCGGAAAAUGGACCAUCGAAUACUACCGCGACCCCAAAGAUCUCCGCCGCUACCCCAACAUGACCUGGUUCGCCGGCAUGACCAACAUCCGCUACAUGUUCAUCUCCUACUGCGGGUUCCGGUCCAAGUACAUGCUCGCAAAACACCACUCCGGCCAACCCAUCAUCCGAACCGGCCCCAACACGCUCUCUUUCAGCGACAUGCGCGCUAUCAAGGAUAUUUACGGCCAUAGCACGAAAUGUACCAAGGAUGAUCAGUAUGUGGUGCGGUCGGGCUCGCAUUUCCAUCUGGCGGAUGUUGUGGAUAAGAAGGAACAUGCUCGCAAGCGGAAGGUGUUGUCGUCGGCGUAUGCGCUUAAGAAUCUUGAGGAGUGGGAGUUUAAGGUCGCCGACAAGGUUGAGAGGAUGAUUGCUCAGUUCGACAAGCGCUGCUCCGAUGAUGGUCGGGAUAUUGUGAUUGACUACCGGCCUUGGACCAACUACUUUACUCUCGACGCCAUUGCUGAUAUUGACCUCACGCAUCGCCUCAACUUCUGGGACAACGCAAGUGAUCGCUGCAUCGCUGCACGUCCGAAUGGUACGACAUACGAGGCCAACCUCCGAGAAUGCCUUUACGCCAACUCUCGAGCAACGGCCAUCUUCUGCUACACGGUCGUGCCAUACUUCCAACGUCUCUGGAGCCUGAACGACGACGGGGACGGCAUUCCAAGGUACCUCGCUGCCGAGCGCAUGAAGCGUUACCAAGCCGGCGAGAAACUUGACGACUUCUUCCAAUCUCUGAUAGAGGACCGCAAUGGCUCACCACAUACUCUUGAAUGGGCGAGAUCCACAACAACUGCCAUCUCCAUGGCGAACGCCAUGUACCAGCUCCUCAAGCACCCCGAAGUCAUGAAGAAGCUCAAGCAAGAAAUUGACGAGACCCUCGACGACGAGGAGGAAGUCGCACCUUAUGAGGAGGUCAAGUACCUGCCAUACCUCCGCGCCUGUCUCGACGAAAGGCUUCGCAUGUUCCCACCAGUAUCGUACGGCCUUACCCGGCAAACACCAGCAGAUGGCCAGGAAGUCUGUGGUCAACACAUCUCCGGUGGUAGGACAGUCAACGUCAGCUCCUUCAUCGCACACGGUGACCCAGAGAUUUUCCCUGAACCAGAAUCGUACAUCCCAGAGAGGUGGCUUGGCGAGGCUGGCAAAGAUCUCGGGCCUUAUUUCAUCGCUUUUUCGGCUGGUGCUCGUGGCUGCAUUGGGCGGAAUAUUGCAUAUCUCGAGCAGACUGUGCUACUGGCCAGUGUGAUUCACAGGUACGAUUUCGAGUUUGCCGAUCCUAAGUUUGAGGUUGGUCGCUACGAGUGGCAGAACCUGCACUUGACGGAGCUUCCGGUCAAGAUUCAUCGCCGGAAGGAGGCUCUUGUGGAGGCGAAUUGA